UUAUUAGUAACUAUUUAAAAUAAAACUAAUUAGUGAUGUCACUAAAAAUAUUAUGCUGUCAAUGUCAAAUGCCUAUCUCCCUUCCCCUCCCCAUCCCCAACCCAAGUCAAAAACAAAACAAACUUGUUUACAUAUAAAAUUGUUUGGAAUUGCACAAUAAAUUACCUUACUGACAAAGACUAACAAAUUCAAAGCAUUCAGUAGGUAUUACAUUUAUAUACUGAGAUAAUAUAAUCAUGGAGCACUCCGGCGCCCUUAUGCCUGCAGAUUCGGCCAAAUUUAUUGCAAAUAUCGCCAAAUAUGUGGAAAUACAUGACGCCGGUUUAGAGAAGUUAUGUCAGGAGAUGCUGUUAUCAAUGAAGGAAGGCAAAUUGGAAAUUCCCGACACAGGUGCCAGUAUUUCCUAUCUGAGUAAGGAUGAUCCGAAGGCAGUAGACUGGAUUUUUGUUGCGGAUGCACUUAACUUCUGCUUCUGGUCUUAUUCUGAGGCCGAGAAGUGGUCAGUGGAAGGUCACAGUGGAUACUAUGCUUUGGAGGCCGCACUGAGUAGAGCUGUCGAGGAUGGAAUUGACAUCACAAAUCCAGAGUACUAUUCAAAAAUAACAGAAUCACAACUCAGAAACAUCAUGAGAAGUGACAAUAACACCCAAAUCCCUUUAUUUGACCAAAGGAUAUCUGUCUUACAUGAAGUAGGAAGUGUUUUAAUACGAAAAUACAACGGUACAUUCACAACAUGCAUUGCGGAGGCUAAUAAAUCUGCUGGGAAGCUACUAGAAAUAAUUGUGAAUAAUUUUCCAUGUUUUAGAGAUGAAGCAGUUUUUAAUGACACAAAGGUGUCUUUGUACAAACGAGCUCAAAUAUUAGUGGCUGAUUUAUGGAAUUUCUUCAGAGGGAGAGGUUGUGGUGAAUUUAAGGAUAUUGACAAGAUAACUAUGUUUGCUGACUAUAGGGUCCCUCAGGUGUUGGUUUACUUUGGAGUUUUGAGUUAUACUGAUGAGUUCAUGGAUAAACUAAAGAAUGAUGUUCUACUUCCUAAUGGUUCACCAGAGGAAGUGGAGAUCCGUGGUUGUUCCAUCCACGCUGUGGAACUUCUCAAAGAGAGAAUAGAGAAGAAAAUAAGAGAGUCCAACAUGACUAAUGCAGAGGUGCCUAACUCUAGUCUAAUUGAUUAUUAUCUGUGGUGCUAUAGGAGGAAGUAUGCUGAUGAGAUGGAGAAUAUUCCUUUUCAUAAAACACUUAGCAUUUAUUAUUGAGAUGUCAUCAUUUCCGGCCAGUGUUAUAUAUUUAAAAUUUUGAAUACAUUUUAUUUUUCUUAUGACUAGUGACACCAUAAUUUAAAGGGAUUAUAUUCGAUAACAAAUAUAACGACAAGAACAUUGCUUUCCAAAAUGAUAAAUUUAUCAAUUUUCGUUCCUUACCUUAGUAAAUAGCCCACUAUUUACUUAAAAUAUUCUUCAAUAUUGCAUUUAUAUACUAUUGUUUAUAUAAUUAUAUAUAUAUACUUGAUUGUAAGUAAAUGUGUUAUAUUUGAUAAGAAAACAAAUGUUUACUUCAAUAUUCUUGUAUUUUAUUAAAAUGUUUAUUGACAAAUAGGUACAUUAUAUCUUAAAUCAUUCAUAGCUAUUUUUAUUAUAUCACAUUAACUUUAGCUGAAUCUAGGGAAUCAACUAUUGCACAUCUUAAACCGAAUUUACACGUAAUUAAGAUUUUAUUUUAUGGACCCAACCAAUAGAAAUUAUAAUGUUAUUUACAAUUUUGGCGUUUACUAAAUUAAUUUAUAUAUAAGAUGAAAAUGACGAAAUGGCACUAUAUAUUUACAACAUAUCCUAAUUAAAUAAUUAUAUACAAUAACUCGUCCACAAAAUUAAAAAAAAAAAAGGAAAUAAAAAUGUAUUUUUUAUGUGCUAUGUGAACAAACUACGUGAAUUGUUUACUAUGUAAA